UUCCGAGGAAUAUUUGCAAUUUAACGCGGCACAGACGGUCCUCAUGUCGGACGAUUGUUCCUAAUUGCAAAGUAGAAGAUCCAGCAAACUCGCCGGCUGACCGCCUUGCAGUGUUGCACACACACAUCACCUGCCAUUCCUGCCAAUCCUGCCAUGCCAUGGCUGCCACACGCCUGCCCGCAAAGUUUUCUAUUCAUGAUGCUGAGACGUUGAGUGAGGUUAUCUAACACGUAGAGAAGAUAUACAAACUGCUAAAAUCAUCGACAAACAUAAUUUUUAGGCCAUGACAGCCAUAAAGAUGCACGGUGGUAUCCAUAUUUUAAGGCUACCGGUAAACGAGGAGGAACAUGUUUGCCCCCCAUGGCGUAUCAAGUAUACUCAGUCUCACAUACUUCAUUCUAAGUGUUCCAAAAGCGAGGACGGCUGCGGCAGCAAUGCAGAUGCCUGUCAAUUUUGCGUAUAUAAUAAUGCAUUAGAAUUGCCACACAUGCCAGACAUGGUUUUCCCCAAUAACGUGUUAUCCGUGACGCAUCAGGAUGGACCAUUAUUACAGUUUAAUGCUUUGGAUGCUCUGAGAUAUGUUUCAAAUGGAAAGAUUAACGUACAGCUUGCUUGUGCAGAGGCGUGGAAAGAAUCAAGAUCAGAAAGUAGUGAAUACUUAGAAGAAAAGGUCAAGCCUUUCGAUUGGACGUUUACUACUAAUUAUACAGGUACAACAUCUGGCUUCGAAGUCGAAGAGACAAAUGAGAGAAUUGAUAUAGACAAAUUGAAACAAAGGGAUAAGAUUAUGUUUUAUCAUGACUUAACAUUGUUUGAGGAUGAGCUUCAUGACAAUGGCAUUGCCGUGAGUUCAGUCAAAAUUAGAGUCAUGCCUGGCAGUUUUUUUAUACUGCUACGAUAUUUUCUUAGAAUCGAUAAUGUAAUGCUGAGGAUAAAUGAUACACGUAUUUAUCACGAAUUUGGAAAAAAUUACUUAUUGCGUGAAUUUACAUCACGAGAAGCUAAAGUUCAAGAUAUUUGUGUUUCUCCGGCACUCUUCCUGGAACCAAGUGCGAUAGCACCUCAUUUGCCAUUAAUUGGAAGUGGAUAUCAUAAGCUAAUAGUACCUGAAAAAGAAGAAAGAAUUAAAUUAAAAGAAGAUACAGCUGCACAAAAUACAACCGAAACAAAAGUAGUACAAUCUAAUGAACAUACAGCAGACAGUUCCAUCACUUAAGGCUUGUGCUAAGGUUUCGAUGUUAUAUAACAUUAUUUUUUUCAAUGGAUAUAACAAAAAAUAAUUUCAAAAUUGAGAAAAUUAUAUUAUUUCUAUAUGAAAUCAAUAUUAAGAUUCUGUUACAGUUAAUCUUAAUUAUGCUUGUCAUUUUAAUAUUGUGUCUCUUUCUUCCAUUUGAUUUUUAAUAAAAACUUGAAGCGAAA